UUCAGGAAGCGGCGCAUCAUUAUCAUCAUCAUCAUCGUCAUCGUCAGCGCUUUCACAACAUCGCGCACAGGUUAGGGACCAAAACAGCGACCUGCCCGCGAGAUAUUCCGCUCGGAGUUCUUUAAAACGGACAAAUGAAGUGAACGCCAGGAUACAAUGUCCUCGUUCCAGGUGGUGGAUUCCUCACCUGGCAGCAGCGUCAGUGUCAUGGAAACGUCCAACUUUGCCCACGUCAUCUUCCAGAAUGUCGGCAAAAGUUUCCUACCUCAGGCGCCCCUGGAGUGUCGUUACACUCUCACGCCUUACAUCACACCCCACCCCAAAGACUGGGUGGGCAUCUUUAAGGUGGGCUGGAGCACAGCCAGGGAUUACUACACUUUCCUGUGGUCCCCCAUGCCUGAAAAAUAUGAACCAGGAAGUACUGUGCACAGGACUGUGGUGUUUCAAGGUUAUUAUGUUCCCAAGUCUGAUGGGGAAUUCUACCAAUUCUGCUACGUGACGCAUGGCGGUGACAUUAGAGGGGCGAGCACGCCCUUCCAGUUCCGGUCAGCCACACCCACCGAAGAGUUGCUGACUGUCAGCGAGGAUGACAGCAAUUCCGACAUAUUGGUCGUCACCACCAAGACUGGCCUGCUCGAGCGCGUGGAGGAGGCGCAGCAGGAACGCAGGGAGCUCCUGCAGGCCAUGCGGCUCCUCCAGGAAGAAAAGCAGCAGCUGCAGGAGGAGCAGAAACGACUUUCCCGGGAGAGAGAGCAGGAGAGGGAGACGUGCUCCCUACUGCGCACACACAACCAGGAGCUUCUGCGCUCCUCGCAGUGUCUGUCGGAGGAGCGGGAGGAGGUGAGGAGGAGGCUGACGGAGGCGACAGAUCGAGUUCGCCAGCUUGAGGAGGACCUGCUGGGAGUCACCCAGAGAGGCCUGCAGAAGGAGACGGAGCUGGACUGCCUGCGUGACCGUCUGAAGAACCUGACAGCAGAACGAGACAGCCUGGAAGGCCAGCUGAAGAAGGAGAAAGACGAAAGGGAUUUUUACAAGGCCCAUCUGCGCAGCACCGAGCUGGAAAACACCAAGCUGAGCGCCGAGCUGCAGAUGCUGAAGGCAGUGGAGCUGAACCGGGAGGUGACAAUCGCUCAGUUCCAGGAGGAGCUGGAGAGGCUCAGGAGCUGUGUGGCCCAGCGCGACAGUCUGGAGAAAGAGUUGCUUGCGCUCAAAGCUGACAAGGCCGAGCUGGCCCGCGUGCGCGAGCAGCUCCGCCAGGCCGAGGAGCAGCUCGCCGCGUCCCGUCAGCAAGCGGCCCUGCUGGCCUCGGAGCUCCGCGACUCAGCCAGCGCCCGGGACCACUCCAUGACCGAACUGUACCGCGCCCGCCUGGAGGCCGACAAGCUCCGCGCCAGCCUGGCUGACGCGCAGGCCGAGUGCCAACGCAUGGAGAGCCAGCUGGACCGCAUGCGGAGCUCCGCGCACAAAGAAGUGGUCACUAUCUCUUCAAAAAAAAAAUCAAUUUCAAUUUGUGCUCUCAAUUUCAAAAGGUAUGAAGCGUGUCACCCUCCCUUAUUUCAGGGGGUGGGGACCAACGGAGAGCUGGCCCCCAGCACACUGAUUGUUUCGGAGGCAGAAGCCGGGCUGCAGAGGGAAGUGGAGGAACUGAAGCUGCGCCUCCACAUGGCAGCCGAGCACUACAAGGAAAAAUACCGAGAGUGCCAGCGGCUGCGCAGGCAGGUGGCCAAGCUGAACGUGAGCGAGUCCCACGUGGAGCACAAGAGAAAUGCGUCUACUGAGACGGUCUUGGAGCCUCUGACCCCAAGUCCUGAGUCCCCCACAGCAGGAAGUAUUGCCGCAGGAGCCCUCCAAGAGGCCUCUGCCUUGACACUCAGCGCUGAACUCGAAAACCCGGAAUGUUCACGCUACAGCACGGAGCUUGAGGAUAAGCAGAGCGAGAACAAGUCGACGGGGGGCACCGAGGCGAAGGGACACGUGAACCAGAAAGGCGAGCGGGAAGACAACGAGGGGAGGGCAAACGCGCGUGAGGACAGCCUGCGGAUGACGAGCUGGGUGGAGGUCGAGACGAAGUGGGCGGGCGGCGAGGCGGAGCAGCCGGAGGAGGAAGAGGAGGAGGAUGUGAGGGAGAUGGAGGGCAGCAGAAGAGGGGAAGAAGAAAUGGGAGCGAGGGAACAGGGCCACUCUGUGGAGGAGGAGCUGGCACUGAUGGAGGAGAAGUGGAAGGAGCAGUGCGCCAUCAAUGAGACUCUCAAACGGCGUCUGGCCAAUGAGGAAGAGCGAUUUAGAGCACAGAUGGCAGAGCGGAGCAGCGAGGUGAUGGACUUGAAACGUGACCUUGCCCAAGCUUUGAAAGACAAGGAGCGAUUACAGGAGGAGUUGCACCGCUUCCUGAGUCUGCAGCUGGAGCAGGACGCCCGCGAAAGGGUUGCGGAAGUCCGGCAGCCCAUGGUGCUGCGUUACCCACUGCCCUACCCCCAGGACCCGUCGCCACCCCCACUGGUGCCACAGAGGCCCGCGGAGCUGCAGUUUGGCAAUCCGUACGCGACUGACGGCGCACAAGACCAGGAAGCGGACGUCUCACUUCCUCCGGAGCAGCUGAUUCGCCCUCCACCCGAGGCGCCACCUUGCGCCACUCCCUGCGCCCCUCCGAUCUCGCCCCUGAACCCGCACCCUGGCCCGGCAGCCCCGGGCUGGGACAGGGACGUGGUCUGCAUCCAGCCUUCACGCAGCACGAGCCCCCCGGAGACCGUGGAGAACCCACCCGAGGAGCCACAGAAUACGCAGCGACCUUCUGAGCGUCAGUCCAGCAGACUUCCUGAAACGAGCAGCAGCUUCUGCUUCGACUCGAGCGCCGUUCACAAGCGCUGCCCGCUGUGCGAGGUGAUCUUCCCGCCGCACUUCGAGCAGCGCAGCUUCGAGCAGCACGUGGAGAGCCACUGGAAGGUGUGCCCGGUGUGCGCCGAGCAGUUCCCCCUGGACUGCCAGCAGCGGCUGUUCGAGAGGCACGUCCUCACGCACUUCGACGGCCACGUGCUCAACUUCGAUCAGAUCGAGUGACCCCCCCCCCCCCCUCCUUAAAGUGUGCGGUCCUCGGCGCCGUUCGCAGGUUGCAACGUGGGAGCUGCUACCGUACGGGAAGCCCUUUCAACAUUUAUUCCAGGUCCGUGUACUAGUAUGCUCUUUAUCCUCACUAGUAGGACAACCGCGUGCCACUACUGAGGUAAAAGUCUGCACUCGUGGACAUCUAAGUCCUAAAUGUUGACUGGUAAAAUUUCAUCAUGGAACUAGUAGCUUACUUGUGUCAACGAGUGCAGUUAUGCUACUAUGAUGCCAGUGUUUUCCUGCUCGUGUGCUGAAAUGUUUCACCAGUACUCACUCUUCAGACAAUUCAGCGCUCUAGUACAAUAACAAAUUUUCCCAGUACUAUGGCCACUUUAGGCCUACUAGUACGCAGUUAUAUCUUGUAAACUACUGUGCUACACUACUAGGUCCAACUAGUAAGCAUGUGGAAUGCUGGAGUAGCCUCCCAGACCCUACUAGUAGUACCGCGAUGCUAACUAGUAAUUAUGCCUCACUGGUAAGAUACAAUCGUGGUACUAGUAUGCCUGAGGUGUCCUCCUAGUUUACACAAAUGUAAUACAAUCGUAGAAGUGGGGAAAAUAUUACUAGUACGUACUGAAUUCUCUUAUGAGUGAGGACAGUGUGUACUAGUACUGUACAUGGACCUUAGCGGGAUAAUGGAAAAAUGCCCAUAUUAAGGUCAUUGUACCGGUGCUAGUGCAUACUAGUGGAAAUGAAUACUAAUGAGGAAUAAUCGUGCACUAGAUGACAACUGUAUGCCAUUAAAACUAUUAGUAUUAGUCGCAUUGUCAUAGUGCAAUUAUGCCACACUAGUAACAUCCUCCCAAUAUGCCAAUGUUUUCCUGUUAGUGCGCCAAAACUUUGGUCUACUCGUGUGCUGCAUCGUCUUACUAGUGAGGACGUAGUGUACUAAUUACACGGACCUUUUGGGGAAUAUUGACCGAUAAUGUAAUUUAAAAAAAAAAAAAAAAUGCUCCUUUGUUUUCCAUACGAAACGUUUUGCUUCCACUUGAUGCUUCUUGAUUGGUUUUGAAAGCACUUUCGGCAGCGCUCGCGGAUGUCGCGUACUCAAAACAAAUCAAGGAGGAAAGACAAUCUCGGCCGGCAAGGACGCCAAGAUGAGACGCGGACGGUUGCGACUUCAUCGCUUCCGAACCGAAACGCUGCUGUGAAGACGUUUGGUGAAGGGGACGACGGGUGGGGAGGACUACUACAUUUUUAAUGUAUCUGCACUAAAUAAGGCUUUAUUCUGAAUGUAACGUACAUCUGGAGAUGCGGGCGAUGUGUGGUGUCGCUGUCCUUUGCGUUUUUUGCUCAUGUCGACUACUGGCGUGCACUUUUCUGAUUUAUGUUCAGGGGGCAGGAAGCUCCAACAAGGAGUCCAUGACUUUGGGAAGCGGAUUCCGGAUCCCUAAUAUCCAGCACGCCAUCCAUGUACUAUGUACUAUUGUCCUCGCUACGAAAACAAAGUACAGUGACUUGUCUUACAAGUGCCCUUGAAAAACACGCGUCUUAACUUAGUGACUUUAUCGUGCUUGCCGUACUUAUUUUUCCAGCCUUGUUUUGAGAUACAAACGAUCUUAGCAAGGCAGAUGUUUAUUUUCCUAUAUUUAAGGAUCGUAUGUUAACGUUAAAACUGCACGUUUUAGUGGCCCACAAUAACGAAAAAUUCUUUAGGAAUAAAAGAUCUCUUGUUUUUGAUGACUACACUACAUUAUAUAGUAUUUUUAAUGUUGCUCAUUAUGGUAAUAAUGCUUUUUUUUGUUUGUUUAAAGUCGGCACUUUCAGUAAAAAGUUUGAGGACCAAUGCACUUCUGCUUGACAUUUCUGGACAUUGAUAGGACAACUUUGUUACUCGCGAGGAAAAUCUACUAGUGGGCAUUUUGGUGUUAGUGAGGCCAAUGUGCUGUCAUGGAUUUUAUGCUAUCCAGUUUAAAGUACAUAGCACACUAUUUGUCCUCACUAGUAAGACAAUUUAGGUUACUAGUCCCACCCCCCUCCACACACACACACACACACUUCUCCAACUGUAUUUUUUUUUACAUGCAAGGAAAACCACUACGUUACAUUACUACUGAGGCAUAACUACUUGUGGGCAUCUUCAUGCUACUAAUAUUGUGAAGAGCACUACUAGUGCAUGAUAUCUACUAUCCAUCCAUCCAUUUUCUUCGCCGCUUAUCCUCACGAGGGUCGCGGGGAGUGCUGGAGCCUAUCCCAGCUGUCAGCGAGAGGAGGCGGGGUACACCCUGAACUGGUUGCCGGCCAAUCGCAGGGCACAUGGAGACAAACAGACGCACUCACAAUCACACUUAGGGGCAAUUUAGAGCGUCCAGUUAAUGUUCCAUGUUUUUGGGACGUGGGAGGAAACCGGAGCGCCCCGGAGAAAACCCACGCAGGCACGGGGAGAACAUGCAAACUCUUUACAAGGUGAGCCCACCGUGCCGCCUGAUAUCUACUAGUAAGGUAAUUGGAUUGAAAAUGGCACUAGUAUUUGAAAAAAAAAAAAAAAUGACAUUCCUCUAUGUUGAAUUGUCUUACUAGUGAGGUGAAAUAGGGUACUAGUACAUGGACCAUAAGAUGGAUCGAUGAGGAGAAAUAUCGUACGAGUACAUGGACGGUAAACUGGAUAUUAAAGAUAUGGCGUAACUGCUCAAACUGAUUUUCCAUUGAAACCGAACGACGGCAUACGGCCAUAUUUCACGUUCCCACGAAAAGUACGGCAAUCGCUCUGUAUCUCUUGUCGGACCUGAUGAAUGAAUGUCAUCUACGUGUAUCUGCGUCACCGCUGUCAUUCCGUGAGCCCUGACGGUGUUGUUUAUUCCAGCUUUACAAAUAGUACACGAAUCACGAGGCCAGUGUGUGGACAUAUGUAUGUAUGUAUAUAUAUAUAUAUAUAUAUAUAUAUAUGUUUGUGUGUGUGAAUGGAAGGGAUCGUGACGAAUAAAUGAACUUGUCCAAGCGCAAGUGACUUGAGUAAAAAAAAUCUUUCCGCAAAAACACAACAUGACAGUCAGUCUUUAUUUUUGCAUUUUUUUUUUUUUUUACCCAGGCAGGCACCUGUUUACAUUGAAGCAGCUUCUCUUUUAUAUAGAAAGACAAGUACAUCCCCCUCCCCUCCCCGAUACAAAACAACGUCCACGUUACAUACGAAAAUAUAAUUUAAAAGCACUUGACAAAAGGACACAUUACGAUACAUUCACUGUACAUUGUAAAUAUGCGCGUGUGGUUUUGCACCCACCCACCCACCUCCUCGACGUGUGUAAUACUGCACUGCCGUUGGCCUGUUGGGAGUUGUUACCACGGAGACUGAAUAAUGCACAAAAGAAGAAUGGAGGAUGAGUGCAAAUAUUACCAUCACAAACACAAUGGUCUUGUUAAUCAUGUGGGUAAUGUCUUUUGACCCCCCCCCCCCACCACCCCCCCGACCAAGAGGCAAUGAGUGACUAUUUGAAUCCUUGUAAAAGGGCAACACCGCCGCUGUCCCUCCUGCUCCGCAGGAGAGAAGCUGGCACACAAACGUCACACAUCCAUACACACUAAACGGUACAAUAACACUCUAGGCUGAUGUCGAGGUACACACACACACACACACACAGCUGGAAUGCUCUCGUCUACAACACACACAACAGGUUGUAGCUGCUAAUCUCUUUUUUUUUUUUUUUUUUUUUUUUAGUACAAGUCACCCUUCAGGGUGCAUGCAUUGGAACAUUCUUUUUUUUUUUUUUAAGGGUGGCGAGACAAACAUGGCCACCCUGUUGCUGCCUCAUAACCCCCCCCAAUCAGGCACAUGUUAUGGUGGAAGUUUGGCAGUGGAGAGCUCUUGGCAACCGUCAUGGAAAGAACAAACAAAAAGAAAAAAAAAAAGUUGGCAAAUGGAAUGACACAUCCAACAAAUGGAGCGCGGUAUGGGAAGAGAGGGGGAGGAGGGGGUGAUAAACAUCUCACUGGAGCGUUGAUAAGCUCAAGAGCCCUGGACAUAAGUGGGGGGGGGGGGGGGGGGUUGAGCUUAAAAUGUAAAUUGUCAGCGGCGUGCUCACGUCGUGUAUUUAAGCCUCGUUCGCCGUGUCUGACGGGCUUCUUGGGAGUGAUUUCCCUCGUUGCCACGGAGUCUCGAAGUUUCAUGAAAUGUUUGGACCGCUUACCCGUCCACCGACCUCUGCCUGCAUUAAACCCAACUUUUUAGGAAUGGAACUCAUCCUGGCGUCAUUGCCGCAACGCACUUCAACGCUGUUCCUUGGCACCGAGACGCCACGAAAGGCAGCAAAGCACUACUUUUGCGAGAAUGAAACUCCUCAAUGCACUUCAACAUGGCAAAGCGCCAUUGUCUGAAUGAAGCUCCUCGGCUCACUCCGACACAGUUCCCUGGCACUGAGAUGCCGAAAGAGGGCGGCAAAGCACGACUUUGUCUAAAUGAAGCUCGAUUCACAUCAACGUCUUUCCGGCUGUAGGCUGCCAUUCUGCGGCUACGGCCUCUCGAACCACUAUGGAACAUUACGACCACAUUCACUGGGUUAACUUGUACAAACUGGCAGCCCCCCAGUUGCAGGAACCUAAGAUGGACUGUGAAGAUUAUUACAUAUUGUGGCCAUUUACAUUUUUGCCCUCCACCCCCAGGGGCUCUGUGAUGAGCUCAAUGCUCCUUUCCAAAAGUAUUUGUAAAACGUGAGCUGGCAUGUUAGAAAAAUAGUUUGAUGAAACUCUGAACCAUUCAAGUCAAAAUACUGACAAAAGAAAAAAAAAAUAUAUAAAAUAAAGCUUGCAAAUAAAUGUAA